AUGCAGUACUCAGUCAUCGCCAUCAUUGCUUCGGCAUUCACUGCCAGUGUUAUCGCAGUUCCCACUGGAGAUACCACACCAGUCAGCUGUCCAGCAGCUCCUGUACCAACUCCAACUCCAACUGGGGGCGGCCCAACCCCAACUGGUGCACCAACCUAUCCUGCCGAUUGUGCUUUCACUUGCACAUGGCCAGCAACCAUUGAAAUCCUCAACUGUGUCAACGUUAUCACAGGAACAACGGUUGACAUUCCCAUCAACGCUCUCAACCCACCAAAGACCAAGAGAAACACUCCGGAUGGAACCACCAAGAACUACUGCUGCAAGCCUGGCGGAACUGUCAUCAGCGCUGCUACCUGUGUUGAUAUUCUUACUGGCGAUCAAAUUAGUGUCCCAAUCAACCUUCUCAACGGUACUUCUUAA